GUAGUCCCACUGGUCUUCAUUUGAAGGCUGAUCUAAGGUUCUGUGUUCAACACUCCUGCUUUCUUGAUAUCUUCUUUCUCCUCCUCCCACUCUCUUCCAUCGAAAGUGAAAGAAUUUGAUUACACGUGAGCGGCAGAAUCAACAAAUCCCCUAAAAUCUUCAGUGAUCCAAAGAUGUCAACAUUGGAAGAUCAGGAUGAAUCAUGACUUAGUGGAAAAGUUCGGAAAGAAACUGCACAAUUUAAAAAUCUCAGAUUACCAUGGUUUAAAGAGUCCGGGUCUUACCUGCUACCUGAACAGCGUCCUCCAGGUGCUUUUCAUGACUGAGGACUUCCGUGAAGCUGUGAAAGGGUGCAGUGAUGAUUCGACAACGAUUGAAGCACAUCUGGCAAAACUCUUUUCUGAUUUAGAGAAAAAAAAGGCCAAAACCUCUGGUAUAACUGAAAAACUGGGCAUCACAAAUGUAUGGGAGCAACGGGAUGCUGCUGAGUACUUUGAGAAGAUCCUGUGUUUGACCAGUCCAGAGUCAUCCAAGAUAUUCAAGGGAGAGCUGAAUCAUUGGACCAGAUGCCUCCAGUGCAAACAGAGAAAUGACAGCGGGAGCUUGUUUUGGAUUCUGCCUCUUGCAGUGGAAGACUCUGGCCGUCAGAUCUACAGUGUGGAGAAAGGUUUGGAGGCAUUCUUCAGGGGAGAGAGAGUCAGCAGGGACAACAAGGUUUACUGCAACCACUGCAACAAAAAGCACAAUGCAAAAUUUGGAUGUGAGAUAACCCAGCAUCCAGAGAUUUUGACCCUCCUGCUGAAGAGGUUCAGCUUCGACAACAAACACCGGUGUUAUGUCAAGCUUCACUGCGUAGUAGAAGUCCCAGAAACAUUACACAUGAAGAACUGCACAUAUGAUCUCUACGCUUUAGUGCACCACUAUGGAGAUCUAACAGGGGGCCAUUACACCUCACAUAUCAAAUCCUUUGAGACUCAGGGGUGGUAUCACUUCAAUGAUGAUGUUGUUAAAGGGGUCAGACAAUCACUGUUUGGAGAGAGUGGCAAGUGUUUGAAGUCUGCCACAGCUUAUCUCCUCAUGUACAGGAAGGUGAGCAAAGAUCCUGAAGAAUCAGAUGGCGAGGGAGCUUGCAGCAUAAAUGUUGAUGUUGGAGCAGAAAGAAGACAUGACAAAGCAGAGAGGGAAGAGCCUUUGAUUCCUCAUCAUCAGCUGGAGGAUGAAUGCAGCAUAGAGGAAAACUGGAAGCACUUAAAUGGGGGUUUGUGGAACCAAAACCAACAUGAUGUGGUUUUGAAAACACAAAGAAACUUUUCCAACACUCCGGAAAAUCAUCUUAACCAGAAAUUGGUACGUUUGUGCCGACUAGAAGGGACGAUUCAAGAAGAUGGGGGGCAAAAACGACAUGAGCCAAACAGACAGGAGCUUGAGAGCAACACAGCUGAUCACCUCCAGUGUUUUAACACUAGAGGGAGCUCAAAGCCACAUUUAGAAACCUGUCCUCUGAACUCUAUAUUAGAAAAAUGGGAAACUAAAAGAUUACAGGAGAACAAGACUGACUGGGAAACACAGGAAUCCGCUGUUCCAAAACCUGAAAUGACAACAAGAGGGACUGACAGAGGCCUUACCAGAAAAACAGUCAAAUCUACUGUUGACAACAGCAUCAGAGCGGCUGUCAGAGAGACAGCAGUGGAAAAAAGCUUAAGAAAUGCAACAAAAAGUAAAGUCAAAGUAGAGCCAUGGAGGUGAUGACCCAUGAAGGAUAUUAUCUGAAUCUACUUCAUACAGCUUCUUACAACAAAAAGCUGUGCUUAGUUGGAUGGCCUGAAAAGCACCAAGCUCCUCCAUUCACUUUUUUUAAUUCUUUAAAAGUAUAACUGAAAUCCAUUUCUUUUUCUUUUUAUGUCUUUUAUAUGACAAGAUACAAAACACAUUGUUUUAGCACUGUUGUCCGUCCAUGAUGUGCUGUUAUCACCUGUGAAGUAAAAUUGGGAUAAUCAUUU